GGUAAAACGCUGUCCGAGACAGCGUUUUAUGCUGGAAGCUUAGUUUGGUAAAUAGUUUUGCCACGCAACCAUUUUCGUAAAUAGUUUCCGUUUAAAGCUCAAUUUGGUAAAACGUUCUUUAGAUUACACCUUGAAUAAUUUUGAAAGAGAGAGAAUAUACCGUAAUAUCAAUUGAAAGUGAAAAAGUCCACAUUCAAUCGGUGCAAGUCAAAGUGUCAAACACAAAUAAACAGUCCACACUCUCACUCCUAAGUCCCAACUUCCCUCCCUUAAACAAAACCCCCAAAUUCCAAAAAAACCCUAAAACAUGCCGGCGUCGGCAUCAAAUUCCGACGACCAACUCUCUCUCCUCCCACUUCCACCAUCUCCUCCACAACAACCCAUUGUUUACCCUCUCCGCCAUUCUCUCUCCUCCCCUAUUUCUCGCAUCGCCAUUUCCUGGUCUCGCGGCAACUCUCUCCGACUCUCUCUCCUCCCUCAACCUUCCUCUAAUGGCGGCAACCAUGUUAAUGGCGGCGGUGAUUCUUCCGGUGGUGGUAGUGUCGUGGAGGUGAAGCUUUCUGCUGGAAAUAGUGGAAUUGAUGAUGAUUCUCAAUGGAGGAGGAUUGUUUAUGGUUCUGUUGCUCCGUUUGCGAUGUUUCAGAAUCGGAAGAAUUCGGUUUUCGCUUUGUCUAAGCUUUCUUUGCCCAAUGUUGAUUGGUGGGAGUAUGUCAUGGAGUAUAGCAAGGAGAUAAACUCACUUCUUGGUACAACAAAGUCAAUGGCUAGUUCAAUUGUUGAAGACCCUAGAAGAAUUCUGACGGUAGAUGAGGAACCAACAAGUUUAAAGGCUGCAUGGGAGCUACUGGAAAUCUUUUAUGCUGACAAACAGUCUCAAACUUGGCUACCUGAACGUCUUGUUGAUUGGCUAGCUGACUAUGAUAACCUCUUUUCAGAAACUCAACAUACGGUGUACUCAAAACUUUUGGAUUUGCAACAUCAUCUUUUGCAUUUCCAGGUGGUUGAGGAUGAUCCAAAGUACUGGGAUUGUUUGUCAUCAGCGCUAGCUCUUGGCUGGUUGGAUAUUGUGGUUAAACUACUACGUCUACACGGGUCAUAUGAACUUGAUCAGAUUGGAAAACGUGAGACAGAAAAUGGUCUGGUUGAAGCAGUAGUUGUUCUUGUUUCAAAAAUGCCACGUCUACGUCCUGAAUUGCAAGCUGGAAGAUUGGGGGAAUGCUAUAGAAAUAAGUCUGACUUCAUCAAGACAUGGCGUGCACGAGUUACUAAGUUGGAGUGCAGUUCUUUCUGGGUUGAUUGUGGGCACCAGAAAACCAGAGAGGGUUUGAGAAAAAUUCUACAGAUUAUGCUGGGAAACACUGAACAUCUUUCUGCUACAACAUGCAAUUGGGUUGAACUUUACAUAUCUCACUUUCUAUACAUCAGGCCAUUCACAGUGGGGUUAGAAAGUUUGUGCCUGGCCCAGAAAUGCAUACAGUUGAAGCCUGUUUCUCAUCCUCAUAGUUUGAUGGGACUUAUGGUUGGGAUUCUCGGAGCAAAUACUGAGGUUGUCUUGGCGGAAUGCUCUAGUGCUUUUGGCCCUUGGAUGGUGACCCAUGCUAUAGAGUUGUUGACUGCUGGAAAUGAUCAGUCGGAAAUUCUUUUGCAUGAAGUGCGCCGGAACCUGGGAGGGGUUAGUAUCGAGGAGCUCCAUCGGCUUGUAUAUGCUCAAGUUCUCGCUUCUCAUCAAUUAACUUGGCAGAUUGCUCCAGUAUAUUUGACAUCGUGCAAGCCAGGAAUAGGCAUGUUAGAGAUUUUACUGUAUAGGCAACCUGUACACUUCAAGCAAGGAUUGCUCAAAAGCCUAGAGAUCUGCUGUUUAUAUGAACUUGAUGAUGUCAGCUCAAAUAUCAUGAAGAUUGCUGGCAUACAUCACUGGAAGCAUGGUCGAAAGGGGUCUGGUAUCUUCUGGCUCCAACAAGCUCAGGAUGAAAUUCGUCUCAAUAAAAUAGCUCAGCAGUUGUUUGAUUUUGUUGGGAAAUCAAUAUCUGAAGAGAGCUUCAAGCAAUGGGAAGGAUUGAUUGAACUAUUAGGUUCUGACACAAGAACUGCCGGGGGUCUGGAGUUUCUGCACAAGUACAGAGAUUUCAAAAGAUCCCUGCAGCAAGUUGUUGAUGGAAAAGCUACUGAUGCUGCAAGGCAAGCAGUGGAAUCCCUCAUUAUGCUCAUGAAGAAUUCAUCUACGCCUCAACGAUUCUGGUUACCUCUUCUUUAUGACUCGUUGAAACUGCUCACGUGGCGAGAGGGUCCUCUUCUUGAUGUUGCACAGACCAACCUAUUGCUGAAUAAGUUGCAAGAGUUGUCUAUUGCGAGGAUGCGUCCUGAUUAUGUCGAAGCUGACCUUCCAACCCAAGCAUUGAGUUCUGUCCGGUUGGCUCUUGCUACAAAUCUUGGGCGUGCUAUUCUUGAAGAGCAGUGACAUUUUGCGUAAUUUUGAAUGAAUUCAGUCAUGCAUCACCACUUUCCAAUCGGUCUGAAAAUUAUUGGCAUGAAGCCAUCAACAGAUCAAACCAGGAAUAUUUGCAUUCGUUACUUCAUCGCUGCUCUAUCCUUGAAGUUUCUGCAAGUAACAAGCCUAUAUGCGUGGAAAAGGUGUUCCAUACCAAAUAGUCAUAUUAAAUUAAUUGUGUAAUGGUUCAUCUGCUAUAAUUUAUACCCAUCUUUGCAGUUGGUAAGAGAUGUAACACUAUGUGGUGAGGGGUGAUAGGAUUGUAGCUAGGUAAGGAAUGUAACAUUAGAGCUUUGUACAAGUAAAUUAGCGGUCAUAGUAAAUACUGAAGAAAAAUAUCGUGGCGAGUGAACUGUUUUGACAGCAAAAGAGGAAACAACCUGGGCAUUGAAGAGAAUAUAGAGUUGUCUUUACAUCAUAGUGCUAAAUAGAUUGAUUAUGGGUUUGAUUAAGAGUUUUGCUUUGUAGUUACUAGUUGCUGUAAUGUAGGGUGAAUUUGUCUAAUGAAGACGAUGCAGUGCAUGUCUUGUUUGUUAUUUCCUUGAAGCUAUUGUAAGGAUAAUCCUUUCGUAACAGAUGAAGAAAUAUCUGGUAUACCUUAGCUUCCAUAA